AUGCAAUUUUGCCGUACAGGUGUGGAGGCGAGUAAGGCGGAGCGCAACGAAGCCCCUGUACCGUUUGAAAAAGAUUCGGCAUCAGAAAAUACCGUUAUGCAUUGCUUAGUUGGCGGUGCUCAUGCAUUCAUUCUCAGGAUUUCCAGCUUCUUCGGAUUAGCACCGUUAAGAUUCGAACCUCGCUGCAAUGGAUUCACAGUCUCUAUAUCAAACGCUAUGUGCAUCUACGGUUACGUACUCGUAACAAUUCUGGUUUUCUCAACGAUAUUCGGCCUGGUAGCCGAGAUCAACGUCGGCAUAGAGCUCUCCGUGCGCAUGUCGUCCAGGAUGUCGCAGGUGGUGUCGACCUGCGACGUGCUGGUGGUGGUUGUCACCGCCGGCGCCGGGGUGUACGGCGCGCCCAAGAGGAUGCGGAACAUGCUCAAGUUCAUGGAGAGCAUCGCCUCCGUGGACCACAGCAUCGGAGCACAUUAUUCGCGAAGAACAGAGCGCAAAUUGUGCGCAAUAUUGUUAGCUAUCCUCAUCUUCUUCUCGAUCCUGAUUGCCGACGACUUCUGUUUCUACGCAUUGCAAGCCGCAAAAUAUGGACGGCAGUGGAACGUGGUCAUCAACUACCUGGGCUUCUAUUUGCUGUGGUGCGUAGCAAUGAUCCUGGAACUGCAGUUCGCCUUCACGGCGCUGUCAGUGCGCGCACGAUUUCAGGCGGUGAACGAUGCUCUGGCGUUAACUGCGAAGAUUGUAUCCGCACCAGUGAGGAAAAUCAACGACCCACCCCCAUUGAACGUGCUGGCGAUCCGCGUGGCCUCGACGGAGCCCCGCCGCUGUGCCAGCGUCGGCCUACUGGUAGACACCCUACAUGAACAGGACCAGGGCGUUAUCAUCCGGAACACUGUAACAGGAGAACCCCGUCUGGUGGUACCGCCUUGCGAGGCGAUACGCAAACUGGCGUGUCUACACGGCGCUCUUUGCGACAUCGUGCAAGCCCUCAACCGCAGCUACGGCCUACCGCUUAUACUUAUACUCAUAUCAACGCUGCUGCACUUGAUAGUGACACCGUACUUCUUGAUCAUGGAGAUCAUUGUAUCAACGAACAGAAUACACUUCCUAGUGCUACAGUUUCUGUGGUGCGCUACGCACAUGCUACGUAUGUUCGUAGUGGUGGAGCCCUGUCAUUACACAAUAUCAGAGGGCAAAAGAACCGAGGAGCUGGUCUGUCGGCUGAUGAGGUCGGCACCGUCGAGCGGCACUCUGCCGUCGCGACUUGAGGUGUUCUCGCGGCAGCUCUUGCUGCAGUCAAUCGCCUAUUCGCCGAUGGGAAUGUGUACGUUGGAUCGCCCUCUGGUUGCAUCCGUACUUGGAGCAGUCACUACGUACUUAGUUAUUCUCAUACAGUUCCAAAGAUACGACACU